GCUGGACUAAUUGAAGCCAAUGGAGAGCUUAAGGUGUUUAUAGACCAAAACCUAAGUCCUGGAAAAGGGGUUGUUUCUCUGUUGGCUGUUCAUCCCUCUACAGUAAAUACAAUUGGAAAACAGCUCCUGCCAAAAACAUUUGGACAGUCUAAUGUCAACAUUGCACAACAAGUGGUUAUUGGUACACCUCAGAGACCUUCAGCACCAAACACUAUCCUGGUGGGAAGUCCACAUACACCUAACACACAUUUUGUAUCACAGAACCAGACUGGAGAUUCUUCCCCUUGGUCUGCUGGGAAGCGGAACAAGAAAGGAGAGAAGAAUGGCAAAGGUUUACGUCAUUUCUCGAUGAAAGUUUGUGAGAAGGUACAAAGAAAAGGAACCACCUCAUACAACGAGGUGGCAGAUGAGUUGGUUGCAGAGUUCAGUACCACUGAUAAUCACAUUUCACCAAAUGAAUCAGCUUAUGACCAGAAGAAUAUUAGACGACGUGUCUAUGAUGCCUUAAAUGUCCUUAUGGCCAUGAACAUUAUCUCUAAGGAGAAGAAGGAAAUCAAAUGGAUUGGUCUACCUACUAACUCGGCUCAGGAAUGUCAGAAUUUAGAGGUGGAGAAACAGAGAAGACUUGAAAGAAUAAAACAAAAACAGUCUCAACUACAAGAACUCAUUCUACAGCAAAUUGCCUUUAAGAACCUCGUGCAGCGAAACCGCCAGGCAGAGCAGCAGGCAAAUCGACCACCCCCUUCCAACUCCGUCAUCCACUUGCCAUUCAUCAUUGUGAACACCAGCAAGAAGACAGUGAUUGACUGCAGUAUUUCAAAUGACAAGUUUGAAUAUCUGUUUAAUUUUGACAAUACUUUUGAAAUCCAUGAUGAUAUCGAAGUACUAAAACGAAUGGGAAUGGCUUGUGGGCUGGAAUCUGGAAGCUGUUCUGCAGAGGACCUAAAAAUUGCAAGGAGUUUGGUUCCUAAAGCUCUGGAACCAUAUGUGACAGAAAUGGCUCAGGGAUCUAUCAGCAGUGUCUAUGUCACAUCUUCAUCAGGUUCUGCAUCAAAUGGCACAAGAUUUUCAGCCAGUGACUUUUCCAAUGGUGGAGAUGGGAUGUUGGCUACGAGUUCCAAUGGCUCCCAGUACAGUGGUUCCAGAGUGGAAACACCAGUGUCUUACGUUGGGGACGACGAUUAUGACGAUGACGACUUCAAUGAAAAUGAUGACGACGACUGAUGCCCUUUGCUUGUAGACUAUUUCUUGGUUAAAAUUCAGCAGGCUUCAGGAAUAAAUUGUUCUAGGGAGAAGUGUCUCAAAUUCCUUUGCCCCAUCCCCCCAGGGGAAUAUUGGUCAGCAGUUCUGAGUGUAGAAAUUGCACCUCUGAUAAGCAAGCGAGAAUUGUUUUCUGUAGGAUAUUUUUAAAUGUGGUGUGGAUGUGUGUUUUUGAUACCAGUGUGUUAAUGCAGAGCCUUUAUUUACUCUUGUUUUAGGGGGUUUUUUUUGGUUUUUUGGUUGGUUUUUGGUUUUUAUUUUUUUUUUUUUUUUUUUUUUUUUUUACUUGAAGGAAACUGAAUUUUGCCCCAAAUGUUCUUGCAAAGUUUGCUAAAGAAAAUGUAGACACCUCAUUGAGAAAUAAAAUACCAUCCUUCUGUGGAAAAUGAAUACA